AUGUCGCCCGCUUUGAAGAAGAAGGGCAGAGAGGACUUGGGCGCAGGCCUGCGCGUCUCAAAGCAGAAUAUCGAAGAGCAUCCGGCCGGGCCGCCAAAGUAUGGCGAAUUAUCGCAGGCCGAGAGGGCUUUUACGCUCGCGUCAACGUUCUUGUCUGGAGUUCUGGCAAUCAGCGCAUCACAAUUCCUGGGAGCGCCUUUGAAGCUUAUUGACCCGGUGUUCUACGAAGGCUACAUGGCAUACACCAAAGAAUGCUUUGCCAUCCUCAUUACUUGUCUAACUCAAUGGUGGGCGCCGACGACCGUCAGAGUGAGCGGUGACUCCAGCAUGCUCGGGCAGCUUAUCAAGAAAAAGGACGGGAGCCUGCAAUGCAAUUUUGCAGACCGCAUGGUACUCAUGGCGAAUCACCAGCUCUACACUGAUUGGCUCUAUCUCUGGUGGAUUGCUUAUACGAACAACAUGCAUGGAUUCGUCUACAUCAUUCUGAAAGAGUCACUGAAGAAUAUCCCCAUUAUUGGGUGGGGAGCGCAGUUCUACAGCUUUAUCUUUCUAGCUCGGAAUUGGGAGGAAGAUCAGCGCACCUUCAAGAAGCAUCUGGCGCAGCUGAACAAGCCGAAGGACCCGAUGUGGCUCAUCAUCUUCCCCGAAGGAACGAACCUUUCGUCGAGCACGCGAGAGAAGAGCAAGAAGUGGGCUGAAAAGAAUGGACUCCAAGACAUGAAACACCAGCUUCUGCCACGAAGCACUGGCCUCCGAUUCUGCUUGAAUGAGCUGAAGGAGACGACCGAAUGGCUGUACGACUGCACUAUUGCGUAUGAAGGCGUACCUCCCGGCCAAUUUGGUCAAGACAUCUUCACCCUUCGCUCGUCGUUCUUUGAAGGUCGCCCACCCAAAUCGGUUAACAUGCACUGGCGUCGCUUCCACAUUGAUUCAAUCCCUAUCCACAACACCAAAGCUUUCGAAGUCUGGCUGCGAAACCGCUGGCGCGAGAAGGACUACAUGCUCGAGUACUUCAACAGACACACCCGCUUCCCUGCCGAAGAAUUCUGGAAGAACCAGCUCGACAUAGGUGACCGCAGCUCGCAAAGCCAGAGCAUCCGAAGCGUUCCUCGACCCGCAGUGAUCAUUGAGACUCAAGUCAAGUCUGGUAGUUGGAAUGAGUUUGUCAAGAUCUUUGCGCCAAUCACUAGCGUCAUGAUGGCUCUUUCGGUAGCUUAUGGAGCGUCGCCGACCGACCUCAUCCCUGGAGGAACGGAGUUCUUCGAGCAGCAUAUGAAGGCGCUACUAAGCGGAGGCGACAUGAAAGGACUCCCUAGCCCCGAGGAUUUGGAGAAGCUGAUUGAAGGAGCCGCAGGAAUGGGUGCAGCACAAGCGGCCAGCCCCCAGAACAUGGGCCAGGUGCAGAAGCUCACCCAAGAGAACUUGGCCAAACUAGUCAAGGAGACGGCGAUCAAGAACGGAAUGGUAAUGCCAGGUGGUAUGAGGCGAGCGAGCACAGCAUUACCUGCCCCUCCGACUAAGACUAUGGUCACUCCUUCGAUCCCUACAGCGACUAAGGCCAAGAGCGCAGUCAAUAUACCAAGUGCGGCGAGGAAACCCCAGACUAGACCGGCUGCGAAGUCUACCACUACCAUCCCAGCCGCCGCAAAACCAAAGCCGAAGCAAUCACCCUACACAGGCCCAACGCAAGAAGUGAUGACCGCAUCCGGCGUCAUGAUCAAGAUCCCAAAAACGGAGGUUGACGAAGCCAAGAAGACAGGUACUAUCACGCUAAAGAACGGGACGGUCAUCAAAGUGGGCAAGAAAGAACUCGAAGAGGCACAUGCGAAGAAAGGCAGUACUAUAAUGACGUCAUCGGGUAUACCCAUCAAAGUUACACCGAGUGGAGCUAUCACCGUGGGACAGAAGCCACCCGCACAACAGCAGCCGACGAAAGCGGCUCCCGCAAACAAUCCUAAGAAACCUGCACCUUCGAUAUCAAAACCGGGGCCUAAGCAGAGCGCGCCGACUUCAAAGACAAAGACAGCACCCAAAGCCACAGUUGCGCAAUCAGCACCGAAGAAGAUAUCGACGGCGGCGAAUGGUGCGCCAAAGAAACCCACGGCAGCGCCUAAACUCCAGGCCUCGAAGCCAGCACCCAAAAAAUUGGCAGCGUGA